AUGUCCUCCAGAGCUCACAUCAGCACAGAUGAGAACAGCCGGUGGGCGGUCAGUGCAUUAUCUUACGGUGCCUGGACGACAUUCAAGAAUCAGGCGGAUUUAGAGAAGGCAAAGGAGCUGAUCAAGGCCUGCAGGGAUGCCGGUGUUAACUUCUUCGACAACGCGGAGGUCUACGCGGACGGCGAGGCGGAGAAGAUUAUGGGGCAGGCGUUUAAGGAUUUAGGCAUCAAGCGCAGCGACCUGGUCAUCUCCACCAAAUUGUUCUGGGGGGGCCCGGGACCCAACGACAGGGGGCUGUCAAGAAAGCACAUCAUCGAGGGCACCAAGGCUCAAGCCAUCGCUGACCGGUGGGGCCUUAUGCCGCCCGUGGUGGAGCAACCCGAGUACAACCUGUUCGCGCGUAACAAGGGGUCCGGGGUUGGUCGGUGGGGCACGGGGGUGGUCGGUGGGGCACGGGGUUCUGUCUUUAGGAAGUGUUUCGUGGUGAGUCGUGAUAUAACACACGCCGUAAAGGGUAAGCUGGAAACCCGGCGGCCACACAUCGAGGCAGCUAGCCGGCUGGAGCCCAUCGCCAGGGAGCUGGGCUGCAGCAUGGCGCAACUGGCUCUGGCCUGGACGCUCCGAAACCCGCACGUCAGCACCGCCAUCAUGGGCGCCAGCCAUGUCUGCCAGGUACAUGACAACGUGGGCGCACUGGCAGUGCUGCCCCGCCUGACGGAUGACGUCAUGGCGCGGAUUGAGCGCACUGAGUCCCUGCCUGGUCCUGCCGCUCUCUUGGCGCCCCUGGAAAAACCCGAAUACCCCUGCAAUCCUCUAGGAGGCAGUCAGGCCACCAGCCCAGCAGCCCCUAGGACAGCACUAGCCCAGCAGCCCCUAGGACAGCAGCAGAUGGAAGCAUGCGGAGGGAAGGCGGGCGGGUCAGCAUCCCGUAGGACCUCAGCAGCUGAGAAGAUGUGCAUGGUAAGAGCGCAGAGGUGGUUCACCCGCAAAUCCUUGCGGCCAAAGGCCAUGGUGACAUUUACCAACGGCCCUGCCAUGACCUGA